AUGUCUUCCCCGAACCAUAACCUGCAUGAAAUGCGUGACCUCCGCGCCAUCCAGCGUUCCCUCCAAGCAUUCGCCUCCUCGCCACAAACCAUAGAAAUCCUCCGCACUCUGCCCCACGCCCGUCCAAAACACUCAAGCGCACCGAAGACACUCUACGUUCUGGAUUCCUCUUUCAAUCCACCCACGCGCGCCCAUCUCCGCAUAUGCACAUCUGCUUUGUUGCAUGACGGGUCGAAAGCCGAGCCGAAAAGGCUCUUGCUGCUCCUCGCGACGCAAAAUGCGGAUAAGGCGCCGAAGCCGGCGGCGUUCGAGCAGAGGCUUGCCAUGAUGAGUAUCUUCGCAGAGGAAAUGGUAAAGGAAAUGAGAGCAGAUGGCGGUCGUGAAGGUGUUGUGGUCGAUGUAGGUGUCACGAAGAAAGCUCGCUUCGUGGACAAAGCAAGGGUGAUUGAGGAAUGUGGGGAUUACUCUUCCAUCAAUGAUGAGGGAGGCAAGAAGCCUGUUGAGCAGGUUCAUCUGACGGGGUUUGACACGCUGGUUAGAUUGUUGGAUAUCAGAUAUUAUCCCCCCGAUCACACUUUAGCGCCAUUGGAGGAGCUUUUCGAGAAACACCGAGUCAGAGUUACGAGGAGGACUGGUGAUGCAUGGGGAGGAAGAGACGAGCAGGAUGAGUAUAUGACGAAGCUGCAAAGAGGGGAAAUGGAAGGUAAAGAUGGUAAAAGGGAGUGGGCGGGGAGGAUUGAAUUGGUAGAGGGGAGGAAAGAGGGUGAAGAAAUUGUCAGCUCUACGAAGGUAAGGGAGUCAAGUGCGCGAAGGGAUGAAUUGGCGUUGUUGAAGUUGGUGACAGAAGGAGUUGGGAGAUGGAUACUUGAUGAAAAGUUAUACGUCGACGGGGGCUGA